CCCGCGGCCACUUCCUGCUCACGGGACUCGAAGCCGGGGUACCCCCGGGUCCCAGGAUCUGGGAAGCGUUCCCUCCCUCCUGCCCAGCUCCGGGGGCUGAGGGCUUGCCUGGAUCAGGACUGACUUCCUCAGUGCUGAGAGUCUGAGAAAGGCAGCAGACAUGGACAGCGACUCCAGGCGCCUUCUCGCCCCUGAGGAGGACCAUGGCGUAUACCCUGGACCCAUGAACAUUCAGUUUGAUUCAUCAGAUCUAAGAUCCAAAAGGCCUUUCUGCAUAGAACCCACAAACAUCGUCGGUGCAGAUGACGUCAUGCAGAGGGUCAGCGACCAGGCCUCCGCCAUGAACAAGAGGAUGCAGUACUACAGCCGGCUCACGGCUCCCGCGGACAAGGCGCUGGUGGCCCCGGACCACGUGGUCCCUGCCCCCGAGGAGUGCUACGUGUACAGCCCCCUUGGCUCCGCCUACAAGCUCCCGAGCUCCUCGGCGGGGUGCGGGAAGAACGCCAGCGUGGUGACCAUCUUUAUGAUCUGGAACACCAUGAUGGGAACGUCUAUACUAAGCAUCCCUUGGGGCAUAAAACAGGCUGGAUUCACCACGGGCAUCUGUGUCAUCGUGCUCAUGGGCCUCCUGACGCUGUACUGCUGCUACAGAGUCGUGAAGUCGUGCACCAUGAUAACCUCCGUGGACGCCGCGGCCUGGGAGUUCCCCGACGUCUGCAGACACUACUUCGGCGCCUUCGGCCAGUGGUCCAGCCUCCUCUUCUCCCUGGUGUCUCUCGUUGGGGCCAUGGUUGUGUACUGGGUGCUUAUGUCUAACUUCCUUUUCAAUGCGGGAGAGUUUAUUUUUAAUUUUAUCCAUCACAUUAAUGACACAGAUGCUGUAUUGAGUACCAAUGAUAGCAACCCCGUGAUCUGCCCGGGGCCGGGGAGCGGCCGUCCCGACAACGGCUCGGGGACUGUCUACGCCAAUGGCACGGGUCGGCAGCAGUUCGAAAAGUGGUGGGACAAGUCCAGGACGGUGCCCUUCUACCUCAUGGGGCUGCUCCUGCCGCUGCUCAACUUCAAGUCGCCCUCCUUCUUCUCCAAGUUCAACAUCCUAGGCACGGUAUCCGUCCUCUAUUUGAUUUUCCUCGUCACCUUGAAGGCUGCUCGCUUGGGAUUUCACUUGGAAUUUCACUGGUUUUCGCCAACAGAAUAUUUUGUCCCAGAGAUAAGAUUUCAGUUUCCACAGUUGACUGGAGUGCUUACCCUUGCUUUCUUUAUUCAUAAUUGUAUUAUCACACUCUUAAAGAACAACAGGAACCAAGAGAACAAUGUGAGGGACCUGUCCAUCGCCUACCUGCUGGUGACGCUGACCUACCUCUACAUCGGAGUCCUGGUGUUUGCUUCGUUCCCUUCACCACCGCUCCCUAAAGGAUGCAUCGCGCAGAAUUUCUUAGACAACUUCCCCAGCAGCGACAUCCUGUCUUUCAUUGCGAGGAUCUUCCUGCUGUUCCAGAUGAUGACCGUGUACCCACUCCUGGGCUACUUGGCGCGCGUCCAGCUCCUGGGCCAAGUCUUCGGGGACGUGUAUCCCAGCAUCUUCCAUGUGCUGGUUCUUAACCUGAUGAUUGUGGGAGCCGGAGUGGUCAUGGCCUGUUUCUACCCCAACAUCGGAGGCAUCAUCAGGUACUCGGGCGCCGCCUGCGGCCUGGCCUUCGUGUUCAUCUACCCGGCGCUCACCUACAUCCUCGCCCUCCGCCAGGAGGGCCGGCUGACGUGGCCCGCGCUCCUCUCCCACGCGGUCAUCAUCGUCCUGGGCCUGGCCAACCUGGCCGCCCAGUUUUUUAUGUGAAAUCCUCCCCCGUCCUCACGAGGUCUCCCGCGGCACCUGGAACCGCGACAGCAGCCACGCCACCUCGCUGGGAGAGGCUGCUGUGGCCAUGGUUGGAAAUGUGUUCUGGAGAGAACUGGAGACGAGGGAGAUAGCCAUCCGCUCACCCGCGGCUGUGGGUGGAUCGGGCCGUGAGAACGCCCCCCCAGCGCCUCCCACAGCCCCUCGCUGCUGCCCCUGUUCUCGCUUCUGUCCCGCGCGGGCUGUCUGCCUUGGGAGGCGUGGGCUGUGUUUUGCUUUUUGGCGCAUGGUGGGCGGGCGCAUCUGCCACAAUAAAGGUCCUCAGGGUGUCGCGCGGCCACGCUUCGCCAGGUUCUGUUUCUGCUCCUCCUCCAGCGUGUCCGCCUGCUUUGUGUUACCUGCUAGACCACUCUUGCCAUAUCCCCAGACCUCUGGGGUUGGGGACAGUCAACCAAAUACCUCAUUUUUAAAAAGACAUCUCCCCGACGCUGGUGUUAAUAGAGUGAACUUCUAACCAUGCCCUCGAUCUCUGUCUGAGAGAAGGGGAGGAAGAAAGGCAUCGCCACAGGCCCCAUGGUCAUGAAAAUUAUGCAAAAUAAAUGAA